AUGGAUGAAUCGACGUUCCUGAUGCUGCUGUCUGUCCUGAUGUUGGUGGCAAGCUACUUAUCGGGCAGCGUUCCACUAGUGAUGACCAUGUCAGAAGCUAAAUUGGAACUUGUGUCCCUAUUCGGAGCUGGCCUCCUGGUCGGUACCGCAUUGGCUGUGAUCAUACCCGAAGGAAUCCAUUCCCUCUACUCGACUGUGGCACCGCACAAAAGUGCUGAUAAUAUAACAGUCUCUGUAGACUUCAGUGAUGUGAAUUUUCAUUCAGUGAUUGGAGUUACAUUAGUAUUAGGAUUUACACUAAUGUUGCUAGUAGAUCAGCUGUCAUCAAAAUAUACCAAAGAUGUAGAAGCAGGAUUUGCCAGUCGCAACUCAGGUAGCUUGACAGCUACCUUAGGUCUUGUAGUGCAUGCAGCUGCUGAUGGAAUUGCUUUGGGUGCUGCAGCUGCCUCGACUCAAACAGAAGUAGAAAUGAUAGUUUUUAUCGCAAUAAUGUUACAUAAAGCACCAGCUGCCUUUGGUCUAGUCACCAUCCUAUUACACCAUGGACUUGACAAAAAAAGAAUACGUAGACAUCUGUUAGUAUUUUCUAUGGCGGCACCCGUAGGUGCACUACUCACUUUCUUCUGCAUAGGACAGGAAAGUAAAGAAACAUUAUCGUCCAUGAAUGCCACUGGAGCUGCCAUGUUGUUCAGCGCAGGAACAUUUUUGUAUGUUGCUACAGUUCAUGUACUUCCAGAACUGAUGGUCAAAGCUUCCAGAGGUGGCAGUGAUACUUUUAAUCCAAUACAAUUGUUAUGCUUAGUAUGUGGUACUGUGACACCGUUAAUGUUGUCGGUCCACCAUGGCCACUAAGUACAAAGACCAAAUACAUUUGUACGUCUUGUUUCUUUAUUAUUGCAUGACAAUAUUAUAUUUCAACAUUACUUUAACAAUCAAUUGAAAAACUCAACAAGCAUAAACGCAAGUUAUUUUUAUGAACCUAAUUUUGUAUUCCUUAAAAGUUAAAAUCAAUACAGAAAAAGGAAAUUUUUUUGCCAAAUGUUAAGAAUUUCAUCAAAAUAUUGUAUCAAUUAUUUUAAUGUAUCAAUCGCUCUACAUAUCCUCUAUUAUGUAACUAGAAUUUCAAUAUGUUUGGGUUCAAGUAACAUUGUUUUAAUAACUAAUGACUAAAUMAUUUUUAACUGGAUUUUUUUUUUUWAAUUACAUAAUACCAUAGUUAGGAAAUACAAACACACAUUUUCUAGUUGUUUUUAAAUUUUAUAUUAUUGUUAUUAUGUUAAUACAAUAUUCUUUUAUUUUUUAUAAUU